AAACAAAUACAUGGCAGGCCGUACCAUCCAUAGAGUCAAGGGAGAGUUGAAAGAUUUAACCGGACAAUGACCACAUUUUUUCGUGUAAAAAUGAGCACUGUAAAAGAUUGGGUUGAAGAACUUCCACAUUUUUAUUAUACCUACAACAACAGAGUUAACUCAGUUACAAAGCCGCUAACUCCUUAUCAAAUGUACUUCAAAAGACCAAAUUUUGCAACACCGGUGGAAGAACAGAUACCAUACCAAAAUUUAACUGAAGAAGAAAGAUUGUUUUUAAGAAACGCCCAUCUUGAUGUUGACGGCGAAGAGGAAAAUGAGUGUGAAAGUAGUGCAGAAAAUAAUGAUCAAGAGAAAAUUGUGGAUACGACAACUGACGGGUAUGAUGAACAGCUAUCAUUAGAAGAAACUUUACAACUACUAGAAGACAUCGCAUCGCCUACCAAGGAUAUAACUGAAGACCAAACCAAUGAAGUUAACACGCAGCAAGACUGCAUAAUGAAAGAUAAAACACCUGAAAAGAAUAUAGAAAUAAAUUUGACAAGUGAAAACGUGCAGAGCUGCCAAGUAUUAUUGAUAGAAGAAAAAGAAAACCAGGUGGUACAAAAUAACACAGCAUCUCCUUACUAUAGUGAAAUGUAUAGAAAAAGAUUUGGAAGACCCCCAUCUUUAAUAAGCUCAGAAAGUCCAAGCAAAAGAAUUCAUUUACAGAUACCAUACCAAAAUUUAACUGAAGAAGAAAGAUUGUUUUUAAGAAACGCCCAUCUUGAUGUUGACGGCGAAGAGGAAAAUGAGUGUGAAAGUAGUGCAGAAAAUAAUGAUCAAGAGAAAAUUGUGGAUACGGCAACUGACGGGUAUGAUGAACAGCUAUCAUUAGAAGGUAUUCAACUUAAUCCACUAUUGCAAUUAAAUCUAUUUGCUUAA